AUGCAAGAUAGUAGUGAUAAUUUCUAAGAUUCUUAAAGUUAAAGCUCAGAAUAAAGAUAAAAAGGAAGUGUGCCUUCAUUUUUAGUAAGACUGUUUGACAUUAUGGAAAAUGAAGAUCUAAAAGAAAUUAUUGGAUGGAAUACUGAGGGAAACGCAUUCAUUGUAAGAAAUUAACAAUUGCUUGCUGAUAAAAUAUUGCCAAAAUAUUUCAAACAUAAGAAUUAUCCAAGCUUUUUAAGAUAACUCAACAUGUAUAAUUUUAAAAAAAGUAAAGCAGACGAGAUUAAUUAAAAAUUUGAGCAUAAAUGGUUUCGAAGAGAUGGAAGAGCCUUAUUGAAUAAUAUCAAAAGACGAAAUUAGGAAGAAAAUGACGAUAAAGAUGAAAUUCCAUAAAUUGUUGAUGAAAUUGAGCAAUUUAAGAAAGCAUAAAAGGAACUAAAAAAUGAAAUUUAAGCUAUAGCUGACAGUUAAAAAUAACUAUAAAUAGCACUCUAAUAAAUUAUGCAACAAAAUGAAACACUAUUCUAGGAAAGUCAACAAUUAACAUAAGAACUAUCAAAUAUGCAAUCUAAAAAUUAAUAGAGAUUCGCUAAUUACUCGAAUAUUUUAACUGAAAUUGUUCAAAGAUUGUAAUAAGAAUAAGAAGAAGAAUUAAGGAAUAGGGAUAAUAAUUAACCAUAAAUAGCAGGAGAAUAAAAAAAGGCUAGUGUCAUACAAAUAAAACAAGAGCAGCCUAGCCAAUAAUAAUAAUAAUUCUUUUCUCAAUAGUAAAAUAAUUUGUCAGCAAAUUCUCUUCAAUUUUUGAUGAAUAUGAGUGCUAAUAAGAAUGCAUUUAAUUUCUAGAUGUUUUCAUAAUUAAAACAAUAAUAGGGAAAUAUGCAAAUGUUUUAAAAUGGUUCUGCAUAAUAACCUUAAAAUGAUGUGAGGAAAAAUGAAAUAAAAAAAGAAAGCGAAUAAUGAUUAUUGAUUAAUAAAAAUCUAAAUACAUUUGA